AUGCGAUGCGCGAGCAAGGCCGCCGAGAGCGCGUCCGCACGUCUCUGUGCGGAUUCCGAAGCAGAAACUACAGCAACUGAUCUCUCAUCGGUUGCUGAAGCGACCCAGCCUGUGUCACUUGGUGAUGCAGGCGCUGGUCAUGAAGACACUCAUGUCUUCACAGAGUAUGAGCUCGGUGUCUCAUACUCUCCUGAUACGGAAGACGGAUCCGUAUCAACGGCGACCGAAUCCAAGCCGCCUGCCAAGCGUGGCAUGGAUGAUGCUAUGCGUCGUAGCAUCUUUGGUUCAUCUGAUGAAUCAGAUGAACCAUCGCCGAAGCGAAGGCGCUCGAGGUCGCGAGACUCGGGCGCUAACAGUGGUGUCGGUUCUCCUAUGGACACCACUUCGCAACGAGGUGCCAGUACUUCUGUCGGCACAUCGCAGGAAGAGCGGGAUCGCAAUGUCUUGCGUCUCGCUCCUGAGAAGAAGGCAUGGAUGCCUUCAAAAUCCGUCAUGGAUCACUUGUCGGCGACGACGAGUGAUCGUUAUCGAACACGAUUGUUCGAUUCGUCAAGGAUCCAUCACCUUGACCCCAGUGCGAAAACCUAUCGCGCUGAACAUGAAUUCUUCAUCGAUGCUUUCUUUAGACAUCAAUGGUACAGUGGGAAUCACAAGCGUGAUGGUCCCUCACUACUUCAAGCGUGGAACGCCUACAUCCAUAACCUCGAGGAUGUAGGUCGUGACGCUUGGAACGACAAACUUAUCAAAGCUCGUGAAAAGUUUGACAAAGCGAUCCCCGACAGGUGCACGCUACAAGCUGCAACGUCUGUCAAGGGAGAAAGGAUUACCCUGCCUCUCUUGGGGAGACUCGUGAUUAUGUUGUGUGAACAAAUCUGCGCGCGCACCUAA